AUGUUUACUCGUUUUACACCCUUUGACGGUCACCUUGCUCACCUGCGCCAAUUGCGAAUCGUCACCAGGACUCAUUUCGUCAGUGUGAGGCACUACUCUCAAGUAGUAGAAUAUAAUUCUUAUUCGCCCAGUCGGUGGUUUGCUUCUCGCGAUCUGCGUCUAUCUCAUGCAUCGCUGGGCCCAGAAGUAGAGUCUCAAGCCAUUUCACCGUUCAUGGACAUCAAGCCGGUCUCUUCUGGUCCCGGCCGAUGUCAUUCGGUGUCAUGCCACUAUUCAGGAUGCCAAAUUGAAAGAAAGUCAAUUUGUUCUCUCUCUCUCUCUCUCUCUCUCUCUCUUUCUCUCUGA